UUCCAGAGAGAGAAUCUGAACUUUAUAAGUCAUUGUAUUUGGGAAGCAAAACGCUAUGUCGACGGUGAUGGUUCCAGAAAGAAUGGAGUCCACCAAGGAAAUGAACGGUGAGCCUAUUAAUUUUCGAUGUUCUGGCAUGCACAAGUUUUGUCUCACGAUGAUUGCAGGAAGUAAGGGGUUGUUAUCGCGCUUUUUUCUUUUUUUAAUGUUGAGACUGUUUUCCGAAAAAGUGCUUAUUAAAUACACUAAUGUAAGUGUAAAAAAGGGGGUAAGAUUUACCGCAAAUUUGCUGUUGAAACUCAGUUAGUGAGGCUUGCUGAAAAUAGCCAACCCCUCUUCAUACUUCGCUCAUGUGGCAUUCCACACACAAAAUAUGAGGUUUUUCGCGGCUAUUAAGUUUACAACUAUUUAUAUAUAGACUAAGGAAAUUCUUUUGGAAGAAGAUUAUAUGUACGGCAUGUACUUUUCAAUUCUGGAAAACAUUGUAGUAUUUGUUGCAAUUUGCAUUGAUACUUGUUUAAAAUUGGCUAUCGAUACAUUCAAGAAUUCUUGUCAUAUUGAUAUCUAAGAUAAAUAAUUAUUAUCGAUGCUUACUUUGGAUUAUACCCCACAUUCGAAAUUUCUUUGGCUUACCCUUUUUUUCCCAGCUGAAUGUUUUUACCCAUUGUUUUUGUGGUUGACACUGUUUCAAAAUUGAAAGUGGAAAGAUUUUAACAGAGAAGAUUUAAAAGAGUUAACAUUAUUUGGACCACAUUGAGAGAUUUAUUUACUCACUCCUUUCUUGAAAAGAAAAAAAAAAGGCAUUUAUUACUGUACCAUAAGUGUAAGAGAUUUUUGUGGUUAACAUUCCCAUGACAAGGAGGGUCUCAUACUGGGGUUUGGAGUCAUUUUGUGUUAGGUGCUGUUGAACGAAGAAGCAUGUUUAAUUUAUUGUUGUGGGCUCCUCUUGUCACCCACAAUCCUAAUCUCCAGGUUGUUAUUAUGCAUGCAUCGCAUGUAUGUACCCUAUAUAGCCUGCAUGUGUCUGAACUUCUUCUAAGAAUGAAGGAAUGCACAGAACGCAAUUUGAUUACACAUGUUUGGACCUUCUGUCACUCGUAAUCUGAUCACGCGUGUUUUGACUGUCACUUGAACUUAAUGCAAAGGAUAGCAAUGGAGCUCAAGCAUUUUGACCUUCGAUCAUUGUCGCCCACACUCUGUAACCUCUGAUUAAUACUAGUUCAGGUUUUUUUAUGUCAGGGUUAUGCUUUAUUCUGAUAGCCAACAUUAUGCAUUCAAAUAAGUACAGUCAACUCUCUCUUAAUGGACACCUCUAUAAGUCGGACACCUAGAGUUGGUCCCUGCUUUUCUUUACUCCCCUUAUUUGACUCUUUAUAAGAUUGACUUCUCUCUAAGACAGACACAUAGUACUGGUCCCAAAGGUGUCCUUCUUAGGGAGAGUUGACUGUAUAGUCAAACCCUGUUAAUGUGGACACUGAGAGGGCCAUAGAAAGUGUCUGUAUUAACAGGGUGUCUGUAUUAAGCGGGUUGAAAUUAGAGAAAAUGAAAGGGUUUUCUUUCUCCAGGGACAAAACAAACUGUCUGCAAUAAUCAGGUGUACGUAUUAAGCAGGUGUCUAUAAAGCAGGGUUUGACUGUAACGCAAAUCUUCAUUGGAUUUUUCUCAGUUUCUUAUAUCUUUAAGCCUUCUGAGCUUACACCCUGACCAUGCAUGUAACACCCUGCCCUUUGUAUUUAUGAGGUCUGAUCGUUUUGUUAUAAAAGGGUUCAGCAAAUGGUAGAGCCAAAGUCAUUGUUCUUGGAAAAUAAGACUAACAGAAAUAGAUGUAAAACGUGUCUUUCUCAGUCUUGAGUUGUUGUUGCAAAGUCUCAAAUUUUUAAACAAAAGUUUCAGUAUAUCACAGCCAGUCUUGGACUUAGCAUUUGUCACCCCUGAUAAAAAUAUGUCUAGAGAAAACCUGGUAACUUAUAAAAAGUGCAUGAUCCCUUUAAUCUGCUAACUUAUCAGAGAGGGAGGGGUGGAUGCCACUCUCCCCAAAAGUUUUUCCCAGAUUUUUGAAAGUAGCUUUAAUAAACCAAAAUCAUUUAAAUCAUUCUAGUGCUUACAAUGGAUAUAAUUUUGUAUCUUUUAAAUCCUGGUGUUUUAGGUUUGACCCCAAAAGAAGAGGCACUCCUUACGGAAAUAAGGAAAAGAAAGUCAGAGUUGCUGGAUGAAAUUCAGGUAUUGAGCCAUAUAACUUAAAUGUUAAUUUAAAUAGAAGUUUUGUACUCACUUUUGGAGUUUUCACAGCCAGUAGCUUAGCUGACAGACAGCAAAUAAUAUUGCAACUUAAUUAACAGGUCAAUUAACAGUGGUACACUACCAACUGACAAUAUACUGUACAACUCACUUUGAAUUUGAAGAUGACCACUGUACAAGGUGUUGAAACAUCAGUUACUGUCAACAACACUCCUUUUUCAGUGGUGGAUCCAGGCCUUCAGAUAAGAGGGGGACCCCCGUCUCAAAAAAAUUUUUUUUGGCCCUUUGGCCUCAUUUUGGUCUAAAAAUAGGGGGGGUGGGACGGGUCCCCGGCCCCUCUCCUGGAUCCACCACUAUAUUUAGAACUACUCUGACCAAUUGAUCAUAUUCAACCCUCAUGCUAUUGUUACUGAACAACUGUAUUCUUCUUUGAUGAAAAUCAGAAUAAUUAAAAUCUCUGUAGAAACUGGACAUAUUUUUUGUAGCAAUUCAGCCCUUGAGUGUAGAGUAAAGGUCUCAAGUCUAUGCAACCUAGGUAAUUGAAGCUUGUUUUGUGGGUUGUUUCAAGGCUUAAUUAAUUGCCUUUGUCUGACUAUAUUUUUCACUAAUUUGUUACAGCGUCUCAAGGCUGAGAUUGCAGAGGUUACUGCAGAAAUGGACAGUGUGGAUCAGAGGGAAAAUGGGUAAGUUGAAUAAGACAACAUUUUAAGCUGCUCAGACCAUAGGAAUCCUACAGGGUAAUAGUUUCAGUUGUUGUACAUACCUCAUCUUUUUUUUACAUUACCAUAGACUUUUGCAAUCAAAAGGUGCAAACCUCUUUAUUUGAUGAAACAUUUCUCCCAUCACUUGAAUAAAGCUGAGAGUGGCUGUUAUAAAAUGCAGUAAAUGUAUGAGAUCACAUUUUGCAUCACAAUGCCUUGAACGGCUUUUUUGGUCUGCCUGUGGUAGUACAAGUAUAAAUGUUAACCUGUCAAGGAUAGCAAAUUACUGUUAGACUAGUAAUUGAAGGUGUGGCGCCAACGAACCUAUGAUGUCCAGUUUGGGGCCAAUUUUUUUCUCUUGGUCAAAGUUGCAUGGAUUUUUUGUUUGUCACCUUUGAUACACACUAAGGAGGCCCUGUUAGGGUAAAUUCCGACAUUACAUGGCCUUGAAACAGUGACAUAGGACAGCAGAAAUGGUGACAAGCUACACAAAGAUGGGUUGAACUGUGACAGUGACAGAGAAAAGCGCAAAUACCGACAGCGACAUGGCUUCUUCCUCAAUAUGCAAAAUGACAGUUUUUAAGAUUCAGAUGAGGGACAUACGUAACCCCACUAAGAGGACCUCACUAAGAACAUUAACCACAACUUUUUUGUCUAGUUUUCGCAUUCAAACAAAAGCAGAAAAGUCUAACCAAGUGAUUUUAUUUUAUUUGCAAUACCUUUUUAGUACGUAUCAUUGGUUUGGUUGUUUUUAUUAUUUUUUAUUUAAUUUUUUUUAAAUCAAGUAUUGAAACUAUAGCGUACAUGUGUUUAUCCCGUGGUCUUACCACCCUGUACAUGUAUGUCUUUUAGUGUAUAAGACAUAAGAUCUCUUUGUUGAAACAAACUGUUUUCAAAGUUCUAGAGAAGACCCAAGGGCUAAGCAGUUAUCUACUGGGAAAAAGAAGUUCAACAUUGAUCCUGAUAAGGUAAAAACUACUGGACCCAUUAGUCAGUAGUUAAUAUUUUUCUCCAUAAAUGCUUUAUGUUAUUAUUAUUAGAUUUUGAUUGAUUGAUUGAUUUUUUUAAAUUAUACAAAUGAAAUUCAAGACAGUAGUUUUGAAAUUUAAUGGCUUAGAUAAUUAAGUGAAAGAGUGGUGCUAGACAUGACCACAGCGUACAUCAAGGGUCCACUUACAAAAGGUUAAAAUCAGUGGAAAAAAAUAAUACCAUGGUUGUGGUCGUUUAUGAAAGUUGGUCCUUUACAAGAGGUUCUAAUAAUAUUAUAGGCUGGGAAAAUUUUGAUGUUUUGGAUAGGUGGUCACUCGUGAAGGUUGGGACUGUAUGCUGUUACCUGUGACUUAUUUUAAUACUUAAUUUUGACUUGGUCUUUCUGUCUUACAGGGAUUGGAAUACCUGAUCUCUAACAACUUGCUGAAUAACACCCCAGAGGACAUUGCUGAGUUCCUUAUGAAUGAAGAAGGCCUAAAUAAAACUAUGAUUGGAAAUUAUCUUGGAGAAAAGUAAGAAGAAUGGUUAUUUAUAAACAAAGUACAUGUUAAGGCAAAAGCAAACACCUGGAGGCUACAUGGUUAUGGUUUACAGGGGUACAAUGUAAUUCGUACACCACUAAGAAAAUGACCAAUUUAUUAUAAUAUACCAUUUUUCCUUGAAUAAGAACCCACACUCUAAUAAGCGCCCUUCCCCGAAUAAGCACCCACCCCUAGGCCAUAAUGUCAAAGAAGCACCCUCUUCCCCCUCCACAUGACUUUUAGAAAUAGUAGGGAUACAGGAGGAAUGCAACAACCUGUAUAUCAUUGACGAGGAUGAUUUCAAUGAUGAUGAGGUAAUCAACAUAAACAUACAUACCAAUACAUUAGUGUAAAAUGGAUAAUGGGACUAGGGUAGGCUUGCGUACUGACUUCUGUUUUAAUGAAUGUUCAUUGUUUCUGCGGAUAAUGUUAUAGUGAUUGCUUUGGGUUUCCAGUUUCAAAAAGAUUUUUCUAAAAUUUAAUUACAGUUAGUUGAAAGAAAAACUUUAUAAGCUUCCUCCUUGAUUAAGCGCCCUCCUUUAAACAAACACCCCUCUGUUUAGCCGGAAUUUUGAAUAAGUGCCUGGGGUGCGUAUUCAGGGAAAUACAGUAGUCAAUAAUAAUCCAAAAGAAGUGCUGGUAGUUUACAUGUAAUUCUUAAGGGGAGACAAGGAAAUCCUAUGUAAAUGGAAAGGUUUAGAAACUGAAAGUAUUUUAACUUUAGGCUUUUCAGUGGAUUAAAUUAAUAAUUUCUGCAAUUUUUUACUAAACUUGAGUUUACAAGAGUCAUUCAUAAAUAUUUUAAGAAAAGCUUAUCACUCACCCAAAAUUUCUGGGAGUUUUGGUGUGAAAUUGAAAAUAAUCUGUCAGUCCCAAGAGAGGUAAACCUAAAUGUAUUUUUUCAUUUGUAUCAGUCUUAAUCAUUAUUUUCAUUGCCUCCCUGUACAACUUAAAUAAUAAUUAUUUCAUUUAUCUUAAUCCACAGUGCAGUUUUUAACUUGGAUGUGUUUCGAAUCUUUGUGGAACUGCAUGAUUUUAAAGGAAGAUCAUUGGUAGAUGCCCUGAGGUAAAUUCCAUUAAUCUAAUAUGACUUUUUUGGCACAAUGCAGCUAGCUUAAUAUUAGUCUGUGAGCAAGCUCUCAUUGGGUUCCUGGAGGUAGGGGGGUGGGGGAGUGAAGAGGGGAAGGAGAGCUUACACUUGUGUCUCAUAAAUUUGAAUAUCUGCAUCCCAGAAUUCAUUCAUUCAUUCAUUCAUAACUUUAUUUAUUUCGGAUUGUAGAGUAGCACACAGAGCUAGUAUCCCCGAACUACAUAAUAUAAGAACCGACAAAAAAUUAUUUAUAGUGUCAUAAUUUAAAAACCACCAAAAUAAAAACAACAACAACAAAACAAAAUAAAAUACACAACUCUUAGUAAAAAAUUUAAUAUAGUCUAUAAUAUUGCAUUUAAAAGAAGCAAGCAUUUCAGACAUUCUGAUGUUAUCAGUCAGGUUAUUCCAGGCAUGAGGAGCAAAGUAUCUCUAUAUUGCAAACCAUAGGUGGUCAUCUUGACAUGCAAUAUUUCCAGCUUGUUAUAGCCCCCUCUCAAAUCAGAAUAGGUUGCGAAAUGCUGAUUGGUUGAGUUCUGAUCAGGCAAUGACGUAAAGUUCCCUCAGGAGAGUUACUUGUAGGCUAACAGGCCAGACACCUUUAUUGCCAUGAAACCUUUCACAUAUUUCACAUAUUGCUCUAAUAAUAAGAUCUCUUUCAGAGAUUUAUCACUUUUAAAAUUACAUUAUGGGUGGGUAAUUUGCUAGUUGCUUUAGCUUCUUUGCAGUAGAAAGAAAAGGACUUGCGGUAGAGUUUAUUUUGUGGCAGAGGGGAAAAAAUGUAUAAUUUUAGCAUCUUAUGCAACAGACAAAUUGAGUUUGGUGUAUUCCUGUCAAUUUGUAAUCUGUUUAAAUAGCAGGAGAGAGAUGCAAUUUAUUUAGUUGUUCUAGAUUAAUCUAGAUCUUUGUUUCAAAACACUUUCGGAGGAGGGUAUUCUGAGUUCAAUGUAUGCCACAAAGCUUACAAAAUAUCCUGUUGUCUCAAUGCCGAGGGCUGAAGCUGGCGCUCGCAGUGGUUUGCCACUUUUUGAAUGUUCUUCUUUUGAUCUGGCACCCUCAAUGACUUGCCUAUGAAAACGAGAACUCAACAAUUUUCUAUUGUGUCAUCUUUUCACUGCAGUUUCUUUUACUCGUGGGAAAUUUAUCUUUCGCACACUGUUUCUAUGUUUGUUAACAUUCGACGCAUAUUUCCACUCCAUGCCGAUUGGCCAAAACUGACAGCUCUGUCAAUGGCCUUAGCCACAGGGGACACAGAGACGGAAUUCAAUUCCUGAGACGUGACUGCAAGCUCUCCCUCCCUUUUUGCCCUGCUGCCAGAGCGCCCCAGGAAAGCUUGCUUGCAGCUUAACAUGUUUUUCUUCAACCCCGUCAGGGUGAAAUGAAAACAAGUAAUGGCUUUUUAAUACAACUUGUAUUUAUUUGAUGACUUUGCAGAGAGUUUUUGUGGAGUUUUCGUCUUCCUGGUGAGGCCCAGAAAAUUGACAGAAUGAUGGAAGCGUUUGCCAAGAGAUAUUGCGAUCAAAACCCUGGAGUGUUUACAUCAUCUGGUAUGCCAAAAAAUAUUACUGCAUGAUAUAAAGUGUGAUGAUGAUGAUAAUAAUAAUAAUAAUAAUAAAAAUAAUAAUAGCAAUAAUAAUAAUACAGUCUACUCCCAAUAACUCGAACCUUCAAGGAAAAUCGAAAAAAGGUUUGAGUUAUCAAAAUAGCCAAGAGUAGGGUAAAAAACAGUUUUUACUGCACAGUGAACUUCUAAUUGUAGAAAUUUCAAGUGAAAAUUACAAGAUACUUCUAUAUUAUAAAUCAGAAUGUAACAUAACAAACCAUAGCCUAAAUAGAGCACGCGUUUUACUGUUUUGAGAAGAAAAGCUGCUUCACGUUAGCCUGUGACAAUCAACAUCAGCCUCCACUAGUAAACUAUACUCCUUCAACACAUCAACAGGAAAUCCAAAACUCAAUGUUUUGGACACCAGUAGAUGGCUUUUUUCCCGACUUUUUAAGGGCUCAAAACAUGGUUCGAGUUAUUAAGGGUAAAAUUAUAUAGAAAAUGACCUGAGGGAAAAUGAAAAGGAGGUAUGUCCCUAGUCUGAAUUUCAAAACCUGUUGUUUCACAUACAUGGGUGUAUUUAGGAGGAAGCCAUGUUGCUCUUAACUUGGUAUUACUAUUAAUUUAUUAUAUUUACCCUUUUAUUCGUCUCUGUCACAGUUUCAAGCCAUCUUUGUGUCACUGUUCAAGGCCAUGUUACUUGCUGGAAUUUUAGCCUUACAGGGCCUUAUAGCAAUUUUUAGAAUCAAGAGAUUUUAAAGUGAAAGUACGUAGCCAGGUUAAAUAGUUAUAAGAAAGAGUUUUUUUUGAUUGAGGUGUGCUACAUACCAUUAAAAUAAUGGUAUAUAACUUAAAUUUAUGUAUAGCUGAUUCAAUAAAGGUUGCUUUGGGCAUUGGGAAGCUAUUGUUUGGUGGUCACUCAAAUCAUUGCAUUGUUCCAUAUGCUCGAAUGACCAAUUACCAAAGCAACCUUUUUUUGAUUUGUCUGUAUAAACAAUAACUAAUUUUUCUUGACCAACAGAUACCUGUUAUGUUUUAAGUUUCUCACUUAUCUUGUUAAACACAAGUCUUCACAACCCAAGCGUCAAGGAUAAGGUGAGAUGAAGACUUUACUUCUACUUACUCUGCUACGUUAUAAAAAGUAAUUUAUUAUAUAUUGAAGAUGGACCAUUGAAAGUAAUGGAGAGAAUUAACACAUGUAUUUUUGCAUGCCAAUUUUGGCCUAUUUCACAGAAGGCUGUAAUUAGGUUUUCAUUUGCCAGAAAUUUAAUUUGGUUAAAUGUAAUUUAACUAAGUUAACCACCACGAGCUUAGCGGUCAAGCGGUUCACAAGCGUAGCGGUCAAGCAAUUCACAAGCAUAGCGGUCAAGCGGUUCACAAGCUUAGCAGUUGAGCGGUCCACAAGUUAAGUGGUCUAGCGGUCCACAAGCUUAGCGGUCAAGCGGUCUACAAGCUUAGCGGUCAAGCGGCCCACGAGCGUAGCGGGCAUCCAGCGGUCAAUCCCAUAAGUGCAGGCUCACAUGGUGUGUGGUAGCUUUGUACAUGGCUAGGAUCUGCGAGUUGUUCAUCGAGCGUUUGUGCAGUGGUCUGUGGAGCGGUUCAUUUAGCGUCUUCCCCCCCUCCCAUCCCUAUUUUUCUUCCUUCCACUGUUUGAUCAGUGUGACGGGUGCCUGGAAUGGGGGCUCAUGGCUGGGUUGCGGGGAUUUGCCAGCCAUGGGGGCAGUUUUUCUAUCUAGGGGCUGGCUGGCCACAGUGGAAGCCCCUGGGUAUCCCAGGCACCCACCUUCCACUUAAGCGAGGCAGUUGGUUAAUGAGAUGUUAAAUCUCUGUUACAGCAAGCCCCCAGUUUAAAGGGCACCGAACGAUGGUUUUCUCCUAAAUACAAUGAAAACACUUUUUAGGCUAUCCGCAGUAUUAUUUUUAGAUCUCUAGAAGUGUAUUUUAAGCAUGCACUAUAUUGUAUCUAUUCUGUCAUCCUAGGGGAACUUGAGCCUUUUCAAAAUUACAAGGGCUUCACUUAUUCUUUUCCCCCUAAAAAUGGAUGCUAUUUAAAGAAUUAUCAAAGUGAACAUUUUUCUGCUCUCUCCAUUACAUUUUUUAAUCCAAAAAUUUAAGGUUUCUUUUUCUACAAAAUAUAGCUUAAACUAGGGAGAGAAAUGUGAAAAAAUUAAACUUAAAAAAAUUAUAGGAAAUUUAUUAGAUAAGCUUCAAAAAUCGUAGAUAAAUGGAAUGUUCAUCUAGGAAUUUUUAGCUGCCCUCAUACUAUAGAAAAUUCUAGGCAAUAUUUGGUUCUUCAAACCAUUAUUUUAGAGAAAACAAUUGUUGGGUGUCCAUGACAGUUGGGGUGACAAAUGUACAUAUUAUGUAUAGGCUUACUGCCCUGUUACAAUAAAUGGUGGUUUACUAUUCCACUUUUCUCUUUCCAGCCUACCAUUGAGAGGUUUAUUCAAAUGAACAGAGGAAUCAACUGUGGAGAAGAUCUUCCAACUGAUAUUCUGACGGUGGGAACUGCUUGCUACCUUUCUCAUUGUUUUGCCUUUGAAUGUGCAAACAAAAUAAUGAUGGUUCUCACUUGCAUUCCAUUAUCAAUAUUCUUCUUGUAUUAUUUAAGUGUUGGAUGUACCCAUUUCAGACUUCUUGACUUUUUUCUCUUGUGAAUUUUAAUAUUUUAAAUUCACCUAAACUGAAAGUAGCAGCCUGCUAGCAGGACCUUUCUUUCACUUGCUUGAUUUUGGAAUACUUGAGAAAGACUCUGCAUUAAUUGAGUAAGAUCUAUGUCGAGCAUGUGCUUCUUGUUCCUGGGAUGCAGUUUUGAACCCAGGCCUAAUAGCCAUGUGUUUGGUACAUCGGACUCAGUUAUUUAUAUAAUGUUAUCAAUGAAUGGAUGCUCGCACUUGGUCACAGGGCUGUCACUAAGAUUUCAAGCUCUGCGUAAAUAUAACAACUAGGCGGAAUUCAAACAGCUACGGAUAACCAGGUAAAGUGUACUGCAGCAUGAUCCAUUUGCUGCAGUAGUAAUGAAGAUUAAGAUGGUAUCAUUUUUGUUUAAUGAGUUUUUGCUUAUUGUAGAGCUUGUUUGAAAGUAUCAAGAAUGAACAAUUCAAGAUUCCAGAAGACGAUGGUAAUGAUAUCACCAGAACUUUUUUCAAUCCUGAUAGAGAAGGCUGGCUCACAAAAGAAGGUAAAAUUUGAUCUCCCGGGUCAUCGAUCUAGGGUGUAAUUCUAUUGACAUAAUUCCAUUGACUAAGGCGUUGCAGAUUUAUUGAAGAAUAUUAUUUCCCUGUCAGAUUAUCGUUCUUUAAUGUUUUAUAUUCUGCUACCCUCAAAGAGCAAGAUUUAUUAUAUGUAGAUCAAUGCUUUGUAAUCUCUUACUUGACUGGAGAAGUGAUAAGCCUUGUUUUUCAAUGUAAAAUAUGAAAUUAGGAAAUCUACAUGUAGGUUUCUUCCAAUAUUAUUGUUUUAUGUUUCAGCACCUGUUUUGUAAACAACAUCAAUCAAUCAAUUUCACACUUUAUUUUUAGGUGGUUUGCACAAAAGUUGGAGAAAGCGAUACUUUAUCCUUAAAGAUAACUGCUUGUAUUACUUCAAGAAUGUCGGGGUAAGAAAAAAGUAUAGUAACUUAAUAAUCCAUGAAGAAAAUACAAAGUUUAGUGAAAGAAAUUAAUGUUUAUGAGUGUUUGGAAUUCAGAUGAAAAACUGCUCAUUUUUUAAUCCUUAAUUUCUUCUUCCAAAAUCAUUUUUACUUCACAGGACAGGGAGCCUCGUGGUAUUAUUCCCUUGGAAAAUCUUGAAGUGAGGGAAGUUCAAGAUUCCAAAAGAAAGGUAACACUUUCUCUGAUAGCUUUAGAUGAAAAGCAGUUAAAUAAGUUAAGAGGUUUAUAUUGCAAGAUUGUAAGUAUUGUAGCUAACUGUACUCUGCUUCUGUUUCUUUUUUCAGUAUUGCUUUGAGAUAUAUUCUGCGGAUAAUUCUUCUAGUCUCAUAAAGGCUUGUAAAACAGACUCCGAAGGAAAAGUUGUGGAAGGUCUGUUCUGAUGAAUAAUACAGUCACUGUUGAGUACUUUGUUUCUGCCUUAUAAGCGUGUUGUUUCCAAUCUGAUAAACCACUGUUUGUUUUUUGUAGGUCACCAUGAUGUGUAUCGUAUAUGUGCCGAAUCAUCUCAGGAAAGAGAGACUUGGAUUGGUUGUAUAAAGUCAGUUUCAUUUUGAUGUGUCCAGGCUCUUUUAAGUACACGUUUUCUUGAGUAGAAUGAGGUGAAUUUAUUCCGGUGGCAAGAGCAUCUCUAAGAAGCAAUUAACCUGGGUACUAGCAAACGUUUCCACGCGAAUUUGUCGAGAAAGUUCGGAUGAGUGCAAAUUAGAGGAAUGAAGGGGGAGGGGAGAGUAGUAAACUCCGCCUUCCCCUUCCCCCUCCCCUUCGAUCUUCCAUUUCUUUUGCUUCCGCUCCAACUUUCGCACAAUAACUCGAUUGAAAUCGCUUGCUACACAGGCUAGGAGGUGCAACUCAGUUAAAUGACAUCUUGGAUUUGUCAUUAUCUUCUAAUCUUCUUCCUUGUUUGAUUAUAAUCACAGCAUAAUUAAGUUUUCAAUUUACUCCUUUUUUAAUCAGGGCCAGUAUGAUAUUUGAUCCAUUCUAUGACAUGCUUCAAGCAAGAAAGAAGAAAGUCACGCAAGCGGCAUCAAAUUGAGCACGCGACGACUAUCCGGGGCUAAAAUUGGUUUAUUACUAAACAAAAGAAUAGGUUUACAAUAAAGAACUGGAAAAUCACUACAAACGUAAAACUAGUUUGACGUCACUAAUAUAUUACCAAAGCCAGUAAAAUCAACUUUUGUUAUCAGUAAUAAACUGCAAUGCAAAUUUCCAUGCGGAAUGCUGUUUUUACCUUUUCAUAGAUUUAAUUCAAAAAUAUAUAUAUUUCGAAAGCUGGUUGCUAAAGAGAUAAAAAAAAGUGUUUUUUUGCUUUGGUAGACAUCAUGUUCUUUUUGAGAGUGAAGGUAUCGACAGAUUUGGGUUAACUGACAGGUAGACUCCGUUGAUUUUGAUAAUCCUGAAGCGCUAGUGUAUUGUUUGUGUAUUGCUUUUGUGAAAGGUUUGAACCCAGGAGUCAUUUCAAAAGUAGGUUGAGUUUGAUCGUUCGGGUGAACGUAGUCCUGAAUAGGACUGUUGUUGUUGACAGUGAUUGACGUUUGGACAACCUGAGUGGUAGUCAUCUUCAGAGUCAAAGUGAGUUGUAUCACGUCUGUAUUGCUUUUUUUUUCCUUUUUCGUAUGCACUCGUUUUUACCUUGUUAGCAGUGUUUUCUUUCCAGCAUGGGUUUUACGUAAUGUUUAAAAGUCGUCUGCGUCGGUGCCAUGAUUCGCGUAGGUUGGCUUGUUUACGACUGUACGUCCCUGAGAGUUGAUGUGAACAACUUCGUAAACUGGGCUAAAAACCAUGCCGGAAUGAAACCACUGCAAGUAGGGUAGACGCUUUUACUUCUUAAAGGGGCUGUUUCACGAUAUAGCCUUUUUUAGGUCGAUUUUUUAACUUAAUGCCUUUACCUAUUCAAAAAAUACUCCACACCUGAAGAGUUAUCAAGAAGAUAUCAAUAAAUAUGUCACCAGGAAGUACUCACCAUUAUAACUUUUUGGGUGAUUUUUGCAAGGAUAGCAUUAAAACUUAAAAACGUUGGCCCACCGUUUUCAAGUUUUAAUCUACGUCCAUUCUUACCAUCCAUAGCAACAGACGACUUGAAACAGUUUUGAUGCUUGAAUAUAGUUUUUAAUAACAAAGCUGUACCAUUAUUUUUUUUUUCAACAGUUUCGGAAAAA